AAAAAAAUCGCCUCUCACUUUCUCACUCUUCUUCAUUUUUUUUUCAUUAUUCUUUCCUUUCGUUAUAAUCGAUCACAAAUUGAAACUUCCUUGACUACCAAAUACAAUAUGACGACCUCGAAAUAUGAAGAAUCAGUCAAAGAACUCAUUUGUUCCGAUGAAUCGAGACGACUCAAGGCCUUACGUUUUAUUAAAAACUCUGUCAUUGGCAACAAGACAAAAAAAGAACUUUAUAUACGACUUGGUGUAGUAGACCGAUUGGUGGAAUAUUUGACUUUACCUGAUACCGAUGCUGUAUAUCCUCUCAAGAUUCAAGCUGUAACCAUUCUUGGUAGUAUUGCUUAUGGCAAGGAUGAGAACGUUGUUUCGGUAGUGGCUUCUGGAGCAAUUGGACCGUUACUGGACUCAUUGGAAAUACCUCAAGAUAUACCAAUAACAGAAGCUAUAAAUAGGAAACGAAAAUUAUUAGAAGCGUCCACUAGAGCAUUGAAGGCUAUCUUUUCUUCUUCCAGCGCUUACAAGGAUGAUAUCUUCAAGGUAAGAAUCGUUUUACUCCAUAAAUGAAACUUGAAACUCAGCAUGAUCUAUGCAAUUUAUAAAUUUUAGGAUAAGCAUAUCAAAAGUAUUGUGACAUUGUUGGAUGUUACUUCUUCUUAUCUCACCAAAGAAUCUCGAACAAAUGAAUCAUCUGCUGGAUUAUCCUUUGGAAUGAUUGCUGAAUUCCUUGCUACUAUCAUUGCUAAAUGUUGUGAUACUCAAGAACAACAAAUGCAAUUAGCUUCUGCUGGCGUUAUUCAAGCAUUGAUCA